AUGGCUAGUGAAUAUGAAAUAAGUGAUUACAAAGUUUCUAAUCCAAACUCUCAUCUUAUCGUGAAUCCUAGUGUGUUUAUAGAUGAUGGUGUACCUAAUGGUUGUGAACUACAGGUGGUUCAAUUGAGAGAAACGAAUUUAAACUUAUCGACUAGUAGGGACGUAUGCUAUGAUAGACUUGUUGCAGAAAUUAAUAAUGGUACGGUACAGAAAAUUAUACCAAAAACAGUGAUUCUGAUGUGUAAUAAUACAGAGCUCAUGCCUGAAACAAAUUUAAAUAUACAGAACAUCCGAAAAUGUUGCCCGAGGGGCCAAGUUUAUGACACAGAGUAUCAUUUCUGUAGAGAUGAUGAUAAAGUUAGUAACGAGGAAUGGAUUUUAAACAAUUUAAAAAUGAAAAGUGCAGAUAUUACUGAAUUUGAAAAUGGACUGUCUUGUAAAUUGGAAGAAUACGCUGUAGAGCUCAAAGAGCAAUUUUUCAGCUUUACAUUAAACGGAGGUAGCCUGACUGUUCACAAGAAAAGUCAGGAGAGUGAAAAGCUAAUUCGCAAAGGAAAUUGGUGCGUAGAUCAGGAGUUUACCACUAAGCAGCUGGUAGCUCGAGUCUGCACUCUUGACUGUGGAGCGUUUGAUGCUUUUUGUAUGAGAAAGUGUUGCCCUGUAGGAGAAUACUACAAACCUUUUGUAUGCGGUCGACCAGCCAGCGUAUGUGUUCCGAAUACCGAUGACAGCAUCUUAUUCAAUAUAUCUUCCUACAUGGAACCUUUGAGAAAGGAAUUCGGUAUUGGUGAUACUAUGGGCAUUCGUUCGGAAGUGCAAUGCAAAUCAGGGAAGGUGGCAUUAAACUCAUCUCAAUCCGUCGACCGGCACAGCCUCACCAAAGACGGGUGGCUCCUGUCAUCGCUGUCAUUGACAAAUGACUACUGCUUGGAGGCGUUCGACACUCGUUCCUGCAACAACGAGGUGUCCAUCACAGCGGUGCUGUGUUUCAUAAAACCACCCGUCGUCAAAGAUUUCAGAAUAUCUUUUAUUCUUAUAUCUAUAUCGGCGGCGUGUUUGGCGGUGACUUUGGUGGUGUACUGCUCGAUACCGGAGCUGCGGAACUUGCACGGCCUCACGCUGAUCUGUCACGUCGGCACCAUGCUCCUCGCGUACUCUUGCCUAGCGCGAGUGCAGUACAGCCACGUUAAAGACGAGAGCUUUUGUGUUGCCUUGGGGUAUGGCAUCUACUUCGGGUUCGUGGCUGCCUUCACUUGGCUGAACGUCAUGUGCCUCGACAUCUGGUGGACAUUUGGAAAAGUGAACAGCUCAAUGAAGAACGGAUAUUCGAUGGUGCAUCUCAACAAUGAAUGCUCCGGAUUUUCCACCAAACAGAAGAAUGCACUCCGAGCCAACGAAAACCUGGAGUGGUCAUGCUAUGAAUGUAAAAGUAUAUCGUCUAGGCGCAUAUCCAUAAUCGUACUUGAUGACGAGGACGAAGAUGAUACAUUUGGGUCACCUAUAUCAACGGCCACCACUGUUCCUAUAGACGGAAAGAAACUCCUUAAAGAAAUAUCGACCAAGGUGGAAAGUGCUAUUCAACGACAACUUAAUCAAUUUGUCGAGUCACUUGUUCAGUUUUUAUAA